UAAGAACUGUCGGAGGGAGGAGAACGGAACAGCCCCUAGUUAAGUACAGGACAGUUUAGACAGACAGGGAAAAUACAGCUGAGUGAAAAGUUGAGGAUUUUUAACCACAGUGAUAGCUGAAGCAGAUUAUUGUCUGCAGUUUUGUAAGCUGGUCAUGAUGAGGUUUAUUCCCGGGCUGACUCUCUGCCUUGUUUUGGCAGUCAUCCUGUCAGUCAGCACUGCAGCUAAUAAACAGAUGCAGAAACGUGGGAAUCACAAAGGUCGGAAGUGUGGUUCAACUCGGUGUGUUGCUGGUGAGGUAUGUUUCAAACACAGCGAUGACACGCGUAGGUGUGAGUGUCGACUCACCUGUCCACUACGACACCACGCCGUGUGUGGGACGGACGGACGGACGUAUUAUAACCCAUGUGAGCUGCACAGAAUUGCGUGUGUCGAACAUCGCAAAAUUCGUCUUAAACAUCGCAGAGCCUGCAUAAAAGACCAGCUGAAGUCUCUUCCCAAAGACCAGUUGCCCUCUCUUCCUGAUGACCAGCUGAAGGUGAAGGCCGUGGUGGAGAGUCUUCCUCUCGUGUGUUAUCAGGUCCAGAGAGACGAACUCAGACAGCUCUUUGUUGAUUGGCUCAGACGCCUAGCUAAAGUAAAAAGCAAAUCAUACCAAGACAUGGCAUUGGACUUUUUCCAAACGUGUGACCUGGAUCGCAACAACCGAUUGGAUGCUGACGAACUGCUCAAGUGUACUGAGAAGAAAAAAGAAUCUGCGAAGUCCACAGACACUACAGCUCAUGUCCUCAGGGGCUUGUGUGUUGAUGCUCUGGUGAACCUCGGGGACCAUGAUGGAAACUGGGCACUAGAUUUCCGAGAAUUUCUGCAUCUGCUUCACCCACAGUUCACACCCAGAGCAAAGCAGUGUUCUCUAGAAGACAAGAAAUACUCAGACGGAGUGCGGACGGUCGUUGAGUGCAACACUUGUGUGUGUGCGUGUGGAGACUGGGUGUGUACAGGAGUGCCCUGUACUCACCAGUCGGCGGAUGGAGCGAUUCCCGGUCCAGUUCAGCAGGGUUCUCUCCCCUCCCUCCAGCAGAGGGAGCAGUUGCUGAGUGGGUUCAAGGCCAGUGAGGUGGUGCUGGUGCGAGCGGUGCAGGAUGAAGUGGCUCACAUACAGAGCGGGGACGACAUUCUACAUGAACUGAACAACCUGCAGUCAGAGACCAGUCACACACAGGGCGACGAGUCUCCUUGAUGUUCCAUCUCAUUUGCUGUACAGAGUUAGCCAUUUUGAAUUAAGAAAGGUUUUGUAGCAGAUCGUCAGAUGAUUUGGUAAUGUGGAUAGCAGUAGCAAUUUAAACUUGCCAUAGGACCUCUUUUACGCAGACACGUACACUUUUUACAUAGCUCUUGAGAAGUGAGGUUAGUCUGUUCUAUUAGUUUUUGUGGUGAAAUGUAAAGAAGAAAGGAAGAGGAAUUUGAGGGAACAGUCUUAGAACAGGAGGAGAUGUGAAACUGAAGGUGUUUUCAAAUUUUGUUGUAGAUGAUGAACUGUACAGGAAUAGUUUAAUGAUGAACUGUAAAGGAAUAGUUUAAUGAACUGUAAAGGAAUAGUUUAUUGAUGAACUGUAAAGGAAUAGUUUAUCGAUGAAAUGUAAAGGAAUAGUUUAUUAAUGAAAUGUACAGUAAUAGUUUAUCAAUGAAAUGUAAAGGAAUAGUUUAUCGAUGAAAUGUAAAGGAAUAGUUUAUUGAUGAAAUGUAAAAAAAUAGUUUAUCAGUUAAUUGUAAAGAAAUAAUUUACUGAUGAAUGUAAAGGAAUAGUUUAUCAGUUAAAUAUAAAACAAAAUAGUUUAUUCAUAACAUGUAAUGAAAUCAUUUGUUGAUGAAAUGUAAAAGAAUAGUUUGAUGAACUGAAAAGGAAGUUUGUGAAAUUACAAAAUCCCAGUUGAUAAAAUGUAAAACAUAAAUAUAUGUUGAUGAAAAUUAAUAUAAAGAAUAUUUGUUGAUGAAAUGUAAAGCACAAAUAUUUGUUAAUAAAAUGUGGAAAUAAAACACAAAGUAUUUGUGUUGAAAUCUACAGCAUUUUUCAUUGGUGUUGUUUGUGUCAGUUACGAGGGUAUACGUCAUCAUGUUAUUGUGUUUGUUGUUUGUUUCUUCACAUCUGUCACUUUUGUUAUCUCUUUUCUUAUCAUAAUAAACAUUUCGUAACAAA